UCUACUGUUACCAUACUCCCCAUUAAAGUGUUACUAAACUUCGGACCCUGCAUUCACUAUAUCUGCUCUCCCUGGACCCCGCAUUCACUAUAUCUGCUCUCCCCUGGACCCUGCAUUCACUAUAUCUGCUCUCCCCGGACCCUGCAUUCACUAUAUCUGGUCUCCCAGGACCCUGCAUUCACUAUAUCUGCUCUCCCUGGACCCUGCAUUCACUAUAUCUGCUCUCCCUGGACCCUGCAUUCACUAUAUCUGCUCUCCCCGGACCCUGCAUUCACUAUAUCUGGUCUCCCAGGACCCUGCAUUUACUAUAUCCGCUCUCCCCGGACCCCUCAUUCACUAUAUCUGGUCUCCCCGGACCCUGCAUUUACUAUAUUUGCUCUCCCCAGACCCUGCAUUCACUAUAUCCGCUCUCCCCGGACCCUGCAUUCACUAUAUCCGCUCUCCCCGGACCCGGCAUUCACUAUAUCCGUCUCCCCGGACCCUGCAUUCACUAUAUCCGCUCUCCCCGGACCCGGCAUUCACUAUAUCCGCUCUCCCCGGACCCUGCAUUCACUAUAUCCGCUCUCCCGGACCCUGCAUUCACUAUAUCCGCUCUCCCCGGACCCGGCAUUCACUAUAUCCGCUCUCCCCGGACCCUGCAUUCACUAUAUCCGCUCUCCCCGGACCCGGCAUUCACUAUAUCCGGUCUCC